UCUCUCUUGUCUUCAUAGAUAACCUUCUCUUUUUGUCAACGUAUUUAUUAAAACGAAUUGCCAAAAGUCGGUUUGCAUUUCCCGUGUUUCUCCCUUAAUUUGAAGGGAUGUGGUAAAAAGUGCCCAAAGUCUUAUUGGAAUAAUCGGUUGCAGGAGUGAUUACGUAGCCCAGUUGGCAAAGAUGCUUAGUGGAUUAAAAAGCGGACCAUCCAGACAUGUCCUGGCUGUUGUAGUAUUGUGCAUACUUUGGUAUGUAAUCUCAUCCAGCAAUAAUGUUAUCGGCAAGAUGGUAUUGAACGAGUUCCCAUUUCCCAUGACGGUGACAAUGAUACAACUAUGCAGUAUAUCCUUGUAUAGUGGGCCUUUUUUUAACCUUUGGCGCAUCCGAAAAUACCAAAACGUUUCUCGAGGAUACUAUUGGCGAUUGAUUAUUCCACUGGCGUUAGGAAAGUUUCUUUCAUCUGUCACAUCACACAUUUCGUUAUGGAAAGUACCAGUAUCUUAUGCCCAUACAGUUAAAGCUACUAUGCCACUAUUUACCGUAAUCUUGACACGUUUCCUAUUUCGUGAAAAGCAACCCACUUUGGUGUAUCUCAGCUUGGUACCAAUUAUAACGGGUGUUGCAAUUGCUACCGUGACAGAAAUUUCAUUCGACAUGAUUGGCUUAAUAAGUGCACUCUUAUCGACAAUGGGAUUUUCCCUGCAGAACAUCUUCUCCAAAAAGGUGCUAAAGGACACGGGAAUGCAUCAUUUGCGACUUUUGGAGUUAUUGGGCAAAUUAGCGCUGAUUAUGUUCUUGCCAAUUUGGAUUUUUGUGGAUAGUCUUAGUAUUAUACGACAUCCCGUCAUUACAGGUUUAGAUUAUCGGGUGAUUGCAUUGCUAUUCGCUGAUGGUGUUUUAAACUGGUUGCAGAACGUUAUCGCGUUUAAUGUACUAUCACUAGUGUCACCACUGACCUAUGCGGUUGCGAGCGCAUCAAAACGAAUUUUUGUGAUAGGUGUAUCGCUGUUAAUUUUAGGGAACCCCGUAACCCUCUUAAAUUGCGUUGGCAUGACUUUGGCCAUUUUUGGCGUAUUGUGUUAUAAUAGGGCAAAGCAAGUGUCCAAAUCAUCAAAGACGAUAUUACCUCUCACACAAAAUCAUCGUAUUAAAUACGAGCCAUUCAAAGGGAAUCUGGACCCUUACCAUCAUGGUGUGGUGAACAGCAGUGUGAAUGGUUUCGCUAACAAACGUGGUGAAAAACAAUAUACAAAUACAAAUUCAGUUGCAACAAAUAGCUUGCUGACGAAUGGAAAUGUUUUUCCAAAUGGUAGUACGACCCGUUUACUUUUUGUUUAAUUUAAACAAUUAAAUUUGUUAAGUAGAUAUUAGAGAAAAUUAAAUUAGACAAAAAUUUAGUUAGAUAAAUAAUAUUUUGUUUUGUUUUGAUGCAAUAUUAGAAAAAUAAAUUGUCCAUGUGUGUAAAUAUAUAAUAGAAUUUUUCUACAAACAAACAAUUUGAGAUGCAAUAGAGAUUACAAUCAGUAGCACAAGCACUAUAGUGAUUACUUUGAGCAACUUGUGCUACAUGAAUGAUAAGAUAUCAUAAACAAUAUGUAUACUUGUAUGUAUUUUAUGUAUGAAUGAAUUUUAAAUAACAAUUUUCCCCAUCGAGGAUGAAGCAAAUGUAAAUAAGUGAGCAGUGCCUGUAAAACAGGGCCAAUUUUUAUGAAUUUGUACGAAGUUAGUGAAGAUAUGUAAGAUAUUUUGCGUAAGCAAAUAUAUGUACUUGUUUUUGAAAAAAAUAAUAAUAAUAAAAAAAAUAAAACAGUG